AUGAACGGUUCGUUGUACAACAAGAAUGAAGAGAUCGAAAGUUCCUGCCUGUUUGAGUUCAACAAUACGCACAGCUUCCAAGUAAAUGAUUCGCUGUGCGUUGAAUUUGCCGAUGACACGUACGAAGUGCCAACGCUUAUUCUCGUGAUCCUGAGCAUACUAUACGGAAGCAUAUCCUUGUUGGCGGUGGUGGGAAACUCCCUGGUGAUGUGGAUAAUCGCGACGUCCAGACGGAUGCAGAACGUAACGAACUUCUUCAUCGCGAAUCUAGCGCUGGCUGACAUUGUUAUUGGUUUGUUCGCGAUUCCAUUUCAGUUUCAAGCGGCUCUGCUACAGAGAUGGGACCUCCCGUACUUCAUGUGCGCCUUCUGUCCAUUCAUCCAAAUUCUGUCUGUGAACGUUUCGAUCUUCACGCUGACAGCGAUCGCGAUCGAUCGACAUCGAGCGAUUUUGAAACCAUUCAGCGCGAAGCCAAGCAAACUAACUGCUAAAAUGAUCAUCAUCGGGAUUUGGUUGGUCGCCGGAAGUUUGGCGACACCGAUGGCAAUCGCGCGCCGAGUCCAAAUGGUGCGGGAAUACGGGUAUGUGAAUCCGGUUCAUUACAGACCGUUUUGCCGCAACGUGAAUCUAUCCGAGACCUUGAUGUUCAUUUAUAAAGGACUGUUGGUGUUUCUGCAAUAUUUGACACCGCUAUCAAUUAUUUCUUGCAUGUACGCAAGAAUAGCGUUGAAACUGUGGGGCAACAAAGCGCCCGGAAACGCGGAAGGUUCGCGGGAUGCGAACCUGAUGAAGAAUAAAAUGAGGGUUAUCAAGAUGCUGAUCAUUGUCGUCGCUGUUUUCUCACUCUGCUGGCUACCUCUUCAAACGUACAAUUUUUUUCAACAUUUCUAUCCGCAAAUAAACCGAUACGAAUACAUUAAUUACAUAUGGUUCUUCUGCGACUGGCUGGCCAUGUCAAACAGUUGUUACAAUCCACUUAUCUACGGAAUAUAUAACGGAAAAUUCAGAAGAGAAUUCCAGCAAAAAUGCCCCUUUAAAUUGCGAAAAUGGUCAUCUAGUCCACCAAUCGAUAACACGGAAAUGGAUAAAACUCGGAGUAGCCGAACCUCCAUUAGAUACGAAUGGAAACGAACAAUAUCCAGCAGUUAUCCGGCGGUCACGUCCUUUUAUAAAGGUACGCCGAUGAGGGGAUCAACCCAAUCGUCUAUCGAUGACCACCAACCCUGUACACGCAGUAAAAAAGGAAUCGGUCACUACAUCCGUAGGGGCCACGAGAACAAUUGCUCGAUGUCGUCGAACAGAAGCGAAGAAUUGUACGUCUUCUCGUCCCGGAAACACGUGCAAGAUUCCGUCAUGGAGGAGCUACGUCUGUAACAUCGUGAAACGCAUAAUCGGAACACGUGUAUGGAAGACCAUCAACAGAAAGAAAAACUGUACUCCGCUCAAAAUACCAACUCUUCUCUAAUUGUUUCCACGCAUUCUGUACACAGAGAAAACACGAAUGAACGAUCAUCUCCUACUUAGUCAACGAAGCUACCUAAAUAUUAACAUAUUAGGUACAAUUUCCUUUUAGACUAAUUUACAUCGUUGCUCAGACCAGUCAGUGAUCCUUAUAUGUAUGUAUACCUGAAGAUUAAUACACUUGCAAUUAGUUAUCGUAUGUUCGUUUUACCGAUGUGUACAUACCAUUGUACAUAAUGUGAAUAUCUGCAUUUCUUAGAUAAGUCAUCUGU